AUUUAAAAUCAAUUUUGCGAGUUGUAAACAUUGUACAGAAACGUUGAGGAACGUAAACUUAAAAUAACCGAAACUCCAACCAAUUAUUUCAACCACAUUAGUCAGACAUGUCUAAACAGUACGGUCUCAUCCACCCGAAAGAUGUACCGAAAUUCGCCAAACUGUCAGCAUUUGAUAGUGAUAGCGACUCGGACUCCAAAGAGUCGACCAGUAAGAAGCCAAAAAUUGACCUUGGCCUCAUUCAAAAGAAACAAAUUGCCAGAGCUCACAAUGCGGCACUCGCCGAGGAUCCGACAAUAUUCCAAUAUGAUGAGGUGUUCGAUGACAUAAAAAAUGAACGCGAAAGUGCCAAGGUGGUCAAGAAAACGGAACAGAAAUCGGUGAAAUACAUAGGUAAGUUGAUGGAGUCGGCCGAUCGGCGAAAAAAGGAUUUCGAAAGAAGGAUUGAACGACAAGUACAGAAAGAACGAGAAGCCGAAGGGGAAAUGUACAAAGACAAGGAAGCGUUCAUUACGUCGUCGUAUAAACAGAAACUGGAAGAGAUGAAAAAGGCUGAGGACGAGGAAAAACGUAUGGAUUACUUGGAGGCAAUUGGAGAGGUAACGAAGCAACGCGAUAUGGGUGGCUUUUAUCGACAUUUGUGGGAACAGAAGAUGGGUCCUGAAGAUGUCAAAAAAACUGAAACAGCUUCCGUCCCGGAACAAAACGUCGAUGAAGACAAAAUGAAGAAGCCUAAGGAACAAGCCAAGAAGGACCGCGUAUACAGAAAGCGUAAAGCAUCCGGACCGGACGUGUCUGAUGAAGAACCAGAAGAAACAACUGGAGCCGACAAAAAAUCACCAUCGAAAAAGGCUCAUCUGCAAUCAAACUUGGAUGCUGAUUCGGAUUUCUCCAUCGACUCGGACUCGGAGGAGGAAAGCAAAGAUGAACCGGUGAACACAGUCCAACAUCCUACAGAUGUACCAACGAAAAACGAAAGCAAAGCAACCACUGUCACAUCGGGAUCGGAGCCACAGGUGGAUAGUAAAACGAACGACGAGAAAGGAGAUGGUGAUGCUGAACCGGUCGCUGAAAAUGAAGCUAAAGAUGCAGUUGUUGAAGAACAUAGCGAUGACAACAAGAAACCGAAAAUUGAUAGAAAGAAAGUGUGGGAAAAGCGAACAGUCGGUGAUGUUCUAGUGGGUGCAAUUCAAAGGUAUUUUGAACGGAAACAGAUGCGAGAAGCUUGAAUAAAUGAAUUUCAAAACUGUGAAGAGAA